AUGUUAUAAAACGAUCAUAAUCUUUGUCUAAUCCAUAAAGCAAGAGAAGAAUUUAUUUGUGUUAAUUCAAUCUGUAUGGAUAAAUAAAAAAAAUUAAGCUGUUAUAAAUGUUUAGAAGCUUUACAUAUCUAUCAUCACAAUCCUAAUGAAGAUUUCAAAUCUAUAUAUGCCAUAAUUGAACAGAUUACUUUAGAAAAAGAAGAAAGAUUAAUUAUAUUAGAAAAUGCUAAGUAAUGGAAUCUUGAUUAGAAAAAGAAAAAAAGGUAAGAAUUAGAAAAAUCAGAAAUUUUUUCUACUUAAUAUAAAAAUAAAUUGUAAUCUUAAAUUGAUUAAUAAUUCGAUCAAUCUUGUAAAAAAAUAAAUGAAAUUUAAAAAUGUUUAGAAGAAGCUAAUCCAUAUCAUCCAUUUUUUUUCUCCAAAUUAAUUUCUUUGUAUAAGUAAAACAUUGAAGAAUUUACUGAAUAAAUUGAUAAAAUAAAAAUUAAAACCCUAGGAAAUAACCUUUUAUUAGAAUAAAAUUCAUACAUAGACUUAAUUGAAUGUGUAAAAAAGUACAUUUAUUCAUUAAAAUAGAUUGCAGGAAAAAAAUUAAAUUUUAGAAAACAAGGUUGAUUAAUUAUCAAUAUAGAAAUCAUUUUAAAAAGGGAGAAAUAAUUUUUAUUCUGUCGUUUUUUUAAGCCUAUUUACAAUUUUUGUAAUAUUUAAUUUUAUCCAAAGAUUGUUUAAUCCUUUUAUAAUCCAUUUUCAGAUUAUGAAAAAAAAAUAGAUUUGA